CGGCAAAAACAAUUUCAUAUUGUUCAAGAUAAAAAAUAUUAAUGUUUAAUUAAUAAUAGAUUUAUAGAUUAUUAAUAUUUUUGUUUAAAUAAAGAAAGUUAUAAACAAUGUUGAUAAAUCAGAAUAGCACGGAAUCUGAGAUUCAACAAACAUUUUCAGAUUUUGAGGUUAUGGAUGAUUUAUUUCAAACUUUAAGUUCUGAAUUAGGUAUUCCUGUAUUAUUUGAUGAUGAAAUAUCUCAAAAAAUAGAUAAUAAUGUUGAUAAUCAAAUUAUAAAAAAUACAUAUAUAGGAGAAUCAUCAAAUAAUUUUGAAGAAUCAAAUAUUUCACAACAAAAUUUAGAUUUACAUGUAGCUAAUGAUGUAAAAAUGGAAAUUAAAUUGGAAUCUGCAAAUUCUUAUGGACAAUCUUUAUCUCCUACACCAAAUCAAUAUAAAUUUAAUAGAUUAGAAUCUCAAGUUGAAAGAAAUUCUACUGCUUCUCUUUGUGAUUUUAAGACAAUUUUAGAAACACCACCCAUUUCUCCUUCACAAAAUAUAUCCCCACCUAUAUCACCACAAUCAAUUUCAAAUGUAACUAUUGCAAAUCAAAUAAAACUUAUGCCUCUUAAAUCACAAGAUACAAAAGAAACAAAAUUUAUUCUUUCUGAAAAAAAUUUUGCUAAACGUGUUUGGAUUCAACCAAAAAAUAAUAUUCAACUUAUCACUGAUGCACAGCCUCAAAAUGCUAUAUUUUUUAAUACACAAAAUUUUGUUGCACUCACUCAAAAAAUUAAACAAAAUUAUAUAUCAUAUCCUUAUAUGACACAUACAACUAAUACAAAUAAUAAACGAACUUCAGUACAAUUUCCAUCAAUACAGAUAAAAACGGAAACAAAUAAAAUUCAAUUACCACAAGAAAAUCAUGUAAAAAUUAUGGAUAGUGUAAACAACAUAUAUACAUCAGAAACAAAUCAAGAUGUAAAUAUGAUUGAUACACCUUUGGUUCUUAACAAUGAAGAAAUUGGACACUCUUCUGUAAUUAUAAAAAAAGAUUCAGCUGUGUCUAGACCAGUAGUAAUUAAAACAGAAAAUUCAAAUUAUACUCCAAUUGUUAUAAAAAAUGAAAUACAAGAUGUUAAUUUUAUUGGACGACAGGAAUGUGAAAUAAAAGCAUUGAAAAGACAACAAAGAAUGAUAAAAAAUAGAGAAUCAGCUUGUCUAUCACGAAAAAAAAAGAAAGAAUAUGUCUCUUCAUUAGAAAAACGAAUUCAUGAAUUACAACAAGAAAAUAAACAAUUAAAAAUGGAAAAUACAACUUUAAAACAAAAACUUUCAUCAUUGGAACAUACAAAUACUAAUAAUAAACUUAAAAAUCUAAAUCUCAAUGCUAAUAAAAAGAAUGUUGCUAUUCUCUUAGGAAUGAUUUUUAUGGUAUCUUUAAAUGUUAAUGGUUUUAAAGAUAUAUUUUUACAAAGUAAUCAGUUGGAUAUAUUACCUACUGACAUUCCAAUCAGCACACAUUAUGCAAAACAUGGAAGAACAUUACUUUGGUCAUCUAAAGAUCAAACUCGACAAGAAGAUGAAGAUAAUUUUCGUAAAAAUAUAUCAAUUCCACAACCGAUGUGUCUGAUGCAUAUUAAUCAAAGUGAAUCAAUUCGUUUAGAUUAUGAACUGAGACAAUGGAUUGGUGGAAAAUCUUAUCAAUAUAAUUGGACUACAUUAAAAAAAGCAACAUUACAUACAAAAUUUAUAGGAAAGUUUUUAUCAUCUUCUCAUACAAUGAAAGCUAAAAUUAAACAUAACAUAUCAGAAGAAAAUAAACAUGAAAUAUUUCAAAAGAUAACUGACUCAUCAAUAUUAAAUGCAGUAGAAAUAUUUUCUCCAAUAAUAAAAGAACAUGCUUCUUUAUUCGAAGCCUUAGGAAGGAGAGAUGAUACCUUUUAUGUAGUUUGGUUUGGUGGAGAACAUUUGCUUUUGCCAGCUUCAAGUAAAAAUAGUACAGGCAGACCGAGAAUGUCAUUAAUUCUUCCUACACUUUCUAUGAAUGAAACAUUUUCAACGCCUCCAAAACAUAUAACUAUGAUGCAAAUUGAUUGUGAAGUUACUAAUACCCAAUUAUUACAUUUACAACAAUCAAUCAUACCUGAUCAUUUAAAAAAUAUUAAUAAAACUGAAAAUCAUACACAUCAAUCAGAUGAUGAAUCAGAUGCAGUAACAGCAAAUGUAACUAAAAAUUACAAACCAUAUUUUAUUAAAGAAAGUAAUCACAAAAUGUUUCAUAAAAAAAAUUUAAAAGAUAUAUAUGUUAAUAAAGAUAGUAAAAAUUAUAAUAAGUCAAUUGCUUAUAUCUUAAAACAGAAAUUUAUUUCUGAAUUCGAUUUAGAAGAAGUAAAAACUGAAUUGCUCAAAGAUCUAAAAAAAACAGAUUCUAGUACAAAAUUUAUGCCUUCGAAAAAAAAUGAAAGUGAAUAAUAGUUAUAGUAUUUAAAAAAGAAAUUUGUAUUUUUAACAAUAAAAAAUAUAUACAUAUAU